GAUGCUGAUGUCACAUUGCUCUGUUUAUUCAGGCAGCAGAGGGAGGAGGGGCCUGAUGUGUGUCUGUGUGGCUGCAGGAGGGAGGAGUAACGCACCUGUGAAUCUACACCUGGCUGCCAGAGAGAACGAGAAGGACAGCCAAGCUGGAGGAGAGACAGAAGAGAAGAGAUAGACAGAAACUCACUGAAAUCUGUAGAAAAAAAAGAGGGUCCUAUAGGGCGAUGACCUCACCUGCUGGACUCAACUGGACAGAGAACUGAACCGAAGGAUAGUGACCCCUCUAACACAGAUAACAACCGCCUCAACGGACAUACAUUCACCUGCACAGAGCUAUCAAAGUCUGUUUUCAUCUAAAUGGCAACCGCAGAACCUGCACCAGCCUGGUGGAAACUGACUUUCCUGCGCAAGAAGAAAUCAGAGCCGAAAGUGUUGUACGAAAUCCCUGGAGACCACAGCAGCAAUGCCGGGGAGACGCUCGGGACACCCGACGCAGCUGCGGACAGCCAGUUUAACGCCCGCUUGGAGCGCAUUGUGGACAAAACGGCGACAAAGGGACGCCAUGUGAAAGUCUCACAUUCGGGCCGGUUUAAAGAGAAGAAGAGAAUCCGCUCUACGCUAGCAGAAAACCCUGACCUGUUCCCUGAGGCAGAAACGGCAACUAAUGAGAAUAAUAAAAGUGGAAAAUAGAGUCUCUGUGUGAACAUAUAUAGAGUCACUGUGCGUGAAGCAGUUCAAGAGGGCCUUGGUCUAUGCAGCACUCUUCCAUUGAUGUCCUCUGCAGUUUACAAUCACCUGAGGUUGAGCCUAAAGCAAGAAAAGGAGCGCUGAAUUAGUGACUGAUCUAUACUAAUGUUUAGGAACAAAGACAGGCACAAACCCAAAGAUCAGGUUUCUUCACAGAUACGCACGGCAGGACUGCAUUGUGCUCGUCUGAUGAAAGGCUGACAGCUAGCAAAUGUUUAGCCAAGAGAAAUCCACUGAGAGAGAAUCAAAUCAAUCAUAUCUCAUCACAAGAUAUCAAUAAUGUUUUGAUUAUUUUAGUUUCCUGUUUUUUUUUUAUAUAUAUGGCGAAAACUACAAUUGCAGCUACAGCACUUUUGAUUCAAUAGGAAUAUUACCAGCAAUAAUAUGCUAUUAUAUUAAAAGAUCAUAUAGAGACGUUUAUUCCA